AUGACGACACAAAAGGGCUUAUUGCAACGCGUCCAGCUGUAUCGAAAGCGCGUGGCUGCUCUUGAAGAGGAGAUACGCAAGCUAGAAAGCUCUCAGAGUGCCGAAAACGACGCUCAGGAGCUCGUACAGCAGCUGCUCACCAGCAACAACGACAAGAUAGAUACUCAGCAACUGGAAGGAGAAAUUGGAGCCCAGCUGAACAAGGAAAUCACCUCGAAUCGCCAAUUACAGACGGCUUUCCAUACCCUGAAAUUGUCGAUUGGCGACUCCUACUGGACGGGUGAAAGUCACCAUGUUUCCAUCAUUCACGUUUCAGGACACUCAUUUCAAUGCCGAGUUGUGCUGACCAAAAGCAUGGAGAAGGUCACCGGACUGCGAGUUGAAGAUGCGGACAUCCCUGUGCUGAAGCCAUUUGUUCAGAGGUGCUGCAACCGCAGAAAUGUCGUCGCAUUGUUUGCAGGAUUGGCUCGGUACGAUGAGCUGUCUAUAGCACGGUACAGAGCCUUUGAUAGUCUGUCGAGCCUUCAGAGCGCGUCCUUUACACCGUCUUAUUCGCUCCCAACUGCCCAAUUCAAAUCUCCCCACGUGACUGUCACUCUAGAAUGGAGAAUCGCCUUCCCCAUGGACAUAGGUAUCCAGGGCAAUGAUAAUGGCGAUUAUGACGACGACGAAGACGAGAACGAACUUAUCAGCAAGAUUAUUAUGCACGCUUACGGCUCGCCAGAGUACCAGAUUCAAGACCAAAAACAGCUGUUGAAACGGGUACCCGUUGUCUUUGACAAGCUCGUGAGGUUGAAGGGAGUUAUUAAAGCUGCUGACAUACUUAUCAGAAGCCUGACCAUGGAUGGAAAGUGA